AUGGAGAUAUUUCGACGGUUUGCUCCUGAGGCGCCUGAGCCUCGAGAAUUUCGGCAGGACAAACCAAUACUUAUUAUGAGCUGGUACAUCAUUGUCGCCAGAGAGGAUCCACCAGCGGGAAAUAGGAAGCCAACUGGUGCUAGCCGCGCGGGUGAUGUACGUCACGUACGUGCUGUCAGCUUGCCAGCCGUUUACGCACUAUUGGCAAGUCGUCCCAGAUCCGGGACCACAAUGUCGACAAGGAUAUGCUUUUCUACUCGUCAUGGGUAUUCUAAAUAUCCUGACGAAUCUAGCGCUUGUGGUUCUCCCCCUCCCGAUGGUGUUGAAGUCCCAGUUACCAAAAACACACAUUUACCCUGUACCCUCCAACCAGAAAUCCCCACAGUCAUCGACCAACAUGGCCUCCAACCACGCCGCACCCUCCUCGCCUCCAUAGAUAUGCUCAUCGCAACAGCCGUUGCCAACGCCCCAGUGCUCGUCUCACUCCUCCAAGACCGCGGCUUCAAGAAAACUAAGUGGAAAUGGGAAGUGGCUCAAACUGGCAGCAAUGGACGGGUUUUACGAAGGGUCAAAGUAGGUUGGGAGCCGAAAUCGCAGAAUGAGGACGUGAAGAGUAUGGAUAAAAGUAAGGAGCGGGCUCCUGCGGAGUCCCAUGGUGGACUGAAGGAGGAGCAAGGGGAAAUGGAGAUGGAUGACUUGAAGCCAUUACACGGGCGGGUUGGAAAGAACCAGGUAAAUGUAAACGCGGGUGUGGGCGUGCCCGAGAAUGUACAGCUGGGUGGUAUUAGUGUUGCGACUACGUGGGAGGUAUCAGAGGUUCCGAGAUAA